AAUCAGAUGUAGUGGUGGCUUUUAACGGUAUGCACUAUAGCCUACCACCUUGGUCCAUCAGCAUCCUUCCGGACUGCAAAAAUGUUGUCUUCAACACAGCUGACGUUAGAGUUAAAGAAUCCCAAGUGCAAAUGCUGCCAAUAAAUGUUAAGUUGGGAUCAUGGGAAACAUUCAAUGAAGAGAUAUUAUCAGUUGAUGAUGAUUGUGAAAUUAAGGUUGUUGGAUUAUUGGAACAGAUAAAUAUUACAAGAGAUACCAGUGACUAUCUCUGGUACUCGACAAGUGUUGACUUAAGUUCAUCAGAGUCAUAUCUGGGUAACGAGAGAUGGCCUACGCUCACUGUGGAAUCUGCAGGUCAUGCUGUGCAUGUGUUCGUCAAUGGAAAGUUUUCUGGCUCAGCGUUUGGGAGUAGAGUAAAUAGGAGAUUUACAUUUACUGGAGACAUUAAUUUGGAUGCCGGAAGAAACAUGAUUUCAUUGCUCAGUGUUGCUGUUGGAUUACCGAAUAUUGGUCCACACUUUGAGACAUGGAACACGGGAGUCCUAGGACCGGUUGUCCUACAUGGAGUAAAUGCGGGACCAACAGACUUGUCCUGGCAGAAUUGGUCAUACAAGAUUGGAGUCAAAGGUGAGGCCUUGAAUCUAGGUUCCCCAGAUUUCAUUUCAUUGAUUGACUGGACAGAAGCAUCCUUUACAACAAAUACUGCACAGCCGUUAACAUGGUAUAAGGUCCAUUUUGAUGCGCCAGAAGGAGAUGAGCCACUAGCUUUAGACAUGAGCAGUAUGGGUAAAGGUCAAGUGUGGAUUAAUGGGCAAAGCAUUGGGAGAUACUGGACUCUUUCUGCCACUGGUAAUUGCAGUGAUUGCAUUUAUUCAACCACAUUCCGACCAGUAUCCUGCCAAUUCGGUUGUGGCCAUCCUACUCAAAAAUGGUACCAUGUUCCCAGAUCUUGGUUGAAGCAAACCCAGAAUUUAUUAGUAGUUUUUGAGGAAAUUGGUGGAGAUGCAUCACAAAUCAAUUUUGUAAAGAGAUUGGUGAGCACUGAAAAUUAACUAUAUUUUUUAAUCUAUUUAUACAAUAGGAUUCUCUACUCUCAA